GCAAGUCACAAGUAAAAGAAAACAAAAACAAUCCACGGAUUUACCUGGAAAUCCUUGCGGGAAAAAUCAAGGGCAGAGGCAGAGGAGGUUUCGCUAUAAUGGAGAGAGAGUACAAAGUGGAGACGUAGUCUCAAUGGUGUGUAAUUUUUCUGAACACUCAAAACAACCCACUAAAUGCAUUUAUAUAAUACGUGCAUACAAAUAAAUCCUAAUCCCAAAAAUAUAAAGGUCCAUACAGCAAACAUGGGCCACAUCGCAGAAUUUUCAAUGCCAAAUCAACAAAAUUCAAAUCACAACUCUAACACGUUGAAACUAGAAACUUUUGUGCAUCAUGCCUAUGAUUAUUUGAUUAAUUAGUAGAAGAUUCUCGUUGAUCGAGUUAGCUAGUGGACAAGCAUAGUGAUUAAUCUUUACCUAAUCUUUAAUUUUAGAACUGAACAUAACAAAUGUUGGCAUUAUUUAAGUUAUUCUUUGGUGAAGAGGCAUUUUCGUUCUGGAUAUAAUAUUAUUUAUGUUGUCUUACUUAGAAAUUUACAAGUAACGACAAAAGAAGAUUAGUUGAAUGUGAAUGAAAGUGAGUUUCUUGACAAAGUAAGAGGACUUCCCUCCACCCUUAAUUAAAGAUUUGGGAUUUAAGUUUCAAAAAACUUUGUUGGAAGUGCAACCCUAGAAAUAGGUCAUAGUGCGUGAUCCAGAUUUAGUUGGCUUCAGUAUGAAUACUGAGCACCAGAUAAAAGAUAAAGAAGAAAAAAAUUCAUUAUUAAAGUUGCUGUCAUGGCCAUGUGACCAGAAAGUCACGGGUUCAAGCCUUGAAAACAACUAGCCUCUAGCAGAAAUGUAAGAUAAGGCUGCGUACGAUAUAUCCUUGUGGUAGCUUUAAUGCAUCGUACGUUCUCUUUUUAAAAGAAAAAAGGUCCUUGGCUACAAUUAUUAGGCAGACAAGAUAGUGCCAACAAUUAUUAUUAAAAAGACACUUGUGUGUUGUAGCUUUAUAAGAUAUUUCCAAAUAGCAUUGACUUGAGAUAACAAACAUCAAAACCUUAUAACCUCUUUAGACAAUUUCCACAGCAAGAUUGUGUGAAAAGAUGACUGAAGUAGCAGUGAAUUAUUUGGUUGAGAAGUUGUUAGAAUUGGGCCGUGAAAAUGUCGAGUUGAUUACUGGUGUACAAGACGAUGUGAAUAAUCUGGUCGCGGACCUUCAAAUACUCAAAGCUUUUCUAAAAGAUGCUUCGAAGAUCGAUAGAGACACUCAAGGUUGGAAGCAGUCAUUGAAAGAGAUCAGAAAUGUGCUUUACAAAGCUGAGGACUCCGUCGACAAGUUCCUGGAUGAAGCUAAACAGCACCAAGACACUCAUAAAGCUGUCAAAUGGAUUGAUAUUCCAUAUUGGAGCAAAGUUAGGAAUGUUGCAAAGGAAAUUCAGUCCAUUAGAAACAAAGUGAAAGAUCUUCAAGACAAAUAUAAAGCUCUUUUGGACGCCAUUCAAUUGGACAAUCUAUCUAGUACAACUCCACAGCCCAGACAGCUAAUUCUGUCAGAUGAAGACGAUGUUGUUGGCUUUGAAGAAGAGGCAAACACCGUGAUUGAUAGGCUGAUUAACGGAUCAAAGAGUCUAGAGUCGGUUCCAAUUGUUGGUAUGCCUGGACUUGGCAAAUCAACACUAGCAAGAAAGGUCUAUAAAGAUUCAAGAAUUAAUUUUGAAUUUUUCAGUUGCAUUUGGGUCAAUGUCUCUCGAUCAUAUAAUAAAACAGAAGUUUUGCUAAGUAUUCUUAAAAACUUUACUAAACCUCUUGACAAUAAGAGCGAUGAGAAAAUAACCGAAGAAAUUUGCUCCUUUUUGGAGAAAGGAGGAAGGUGUUUGAUCGUCUUGGAUGAUGUGUGGGACGGAGAAGUUAUGAAUUUUAUCGAGAAGAUUUUCCCGAAAGGUGAUAAAGGUCAUAGAAUCAUGAUGACUAGUCGUCAAAAUAACGUGGCUAGUGCUUUCAAUAAGAAUAUCCAUAGGCUAAAUCUCUUAAGUGAUGAUAAUAGUUGGCUUUUGCUCAAAAAGAAAGUUUUCAGGAAAGAAAGUUGCUCCAGUGAUCUAGAAGAACCAGGAUUCAGCAUAGCUAAAAAAUGUAACGGUCUACCACUUGCCAUCGUGGUCAUUGCAGGAGCCUUGCUAGGUAAGACAAAAAGGGAAUGGGAAUUUGUAAAUAGGAACAUAGGAGAGCACCUAAUAAAUCCAGAUAGUGAAGAUAGCUGCUCAAGAUUUGUGAGAAUGAGUUAUGAUCUGUUGUCUUAUGACGAGAAAGCAUGCUUCCUAUAUUGUGCUACAUUUCCCCGAGGCUUUGAUAUUCCAACAUGGAAAUUGAUCCGCUUAUGGAUUUCAGAAGGGUUCAUACCUUUCGACAAGAAUUUAACCCCCGAGGAGAAAGCGGAAGAGUACUUAAACGAUCUGACUAAGAAGAACUUGGUGAUGGUGAUGAAUUGGACAGCGGAUGAUCAAAUCAAAACAUGUCGUAUUCACGACAUGUUGUAUGAGUUUUGCAAAAAAGAGGCAAGUGAGGACGAUCUUUUUCAGGAAAUUACAGAAGAACCUAGUCAGUGUGCAGGAAUAUUGAGGCAAUUAGAAUCAGACUUCUGUCGUCGCCUUUGCAUCAAUUCUUCUAUCUUGACGUACUUCCUGUCCUCAUUUUCAAAGAAACCACCCAUGGAACUUGUCAGGUCUUUCUUAUGUUUCACCUCUGAACCAACAGGAAAGACCGAUGGUCACUUGAAAACAAUCCACAAGGUCUUUCCCCUUAUCAAAGUACUCAACUUAGAAUCUGUAAAAUUUUCCUUCACCAAUGAUUUUUACCGGCUUGUGCAUUUGAGGUAUAUCGCUUUCUCAGGGGACUUCAAGUUCCUUCCAGAGCGCUUCGGUAAGUUCUGGAAUUUAGAAACACUUAUCAUUAAUACAAUUACUCCUGAAAGUACUUUUGAAAUCAAAGCAGAUAUAUGGAAUAUGUUACGCUUGAGGCAUUUGCACACUAAUGCCCCUGCCAAGUUGCCUCUGCCUGGUGCUCCAACAGGCAGGGAAUCCUGCAUACAAACAUUGUCCACGAUCGCUCCACAAAGCUGCACAAAGAAGAUAUUUUCAAGGGCACGUGCUCUGAGAAAGUUAGGCAUUCGGGGUAAGGUAGUUGCUGAUCUUCUUGGUUCCAAAGCUGGUGGAUUGGGUGAUCUUGCUGAGUUGAAGCGAUUGGAAAACUUGAAGCUUAUAAAUGAUGGUCAGUACAUUGGUAGAGUCAUAACCCUUCCAAAUCUGGUAUUCAUAUUUCCCAAGACCCUGAGGAAGCUGACAUUUUCGGGUACUAGCUUCGAGUGGAGUGAUAUGAGUAAAUUGGGGCAGCUGGAAUCCCUUGAAGUCCUAAAGUUGAAAGAAAAUGCAUUCAAGGGAGAGUUUUGGGAAACCGAGCUAGGCGGUUUCAGUGGUCUAUUAGUCUUGUGGAUUGAGAGGACAGAUUUGAAGACUUGGCAGGCUUCAAAUCGCAGUUUCCCUUGCCUCAAACGGAUUUUCCUUAUAUCAUGUGAAAACCUUCAACAAAUCCCGGAAGAACUGGCUGAUAUACCAGAACUUCAAGAGAUGAAAUUGGAAAACACUAACAAAGUGGCGGUGAAAGCAGCGCGAGAAAUUGAGAGUAAGAGAAAGAAGAACAAACUGGAAAGCUCUAUUGGUUUCAAGCUCACAGUAUUUCCUCCUGAUAGUGAUGCUGAUCCUCAACCAUCACACUGAGGAGGAAGAGGAAACUUCCCCGCGUCUUAUUUCCCUUUUACGGUACUUUCUGAAUAAAGUCUCUACAUGUUUUGGAGACAUGGUGUGUGUAUGCUGUGUGUUUGCUUUCUCAUUGAAAGACAAGCAUUUAGUUUUCCUGUUGUGGCUGGAUUGCUUUUGUUUGUUCUUUUUUUUACUUGUUAGGUGAUGUUGUAUUAUGGACUAUCAUUUGUUCUUUUUUUAUCCAAUUUAUUUUCGAUGACAGGGAA